UGUUCCCUGACAGCCAAACAGGCCCGAGAGAUCUCAAACUCAGUAACUCCUAAUUUCAAAUAAAAUCGAAGGAAAACGGAGGAGAAAAGGAGGGAAACCCUAGAGCCAACUAACGCAAUAACACAGAACCAAUCCUUCUCCAUCACUUUUGAAGUGCGAGGGGAUAGGGUUUCUCUUCUGCAAUGGUGGGAAUGAUGACUGCCAGUCUCAUAAACUCCGCUAAGUUGGCCUUGGACGUGCCUUCGAAGCUCGAACACUUGCGUCAAUUGAAGGAAGAUUUGCUUCAUGAAGGCCCUGUUUUGCUGUCUCAGUUCCUCCCUCGUAUCCUCGACCUUCACACAGAUCGGUUAAGUCCGGUCCGCAAGUUCAUUGCACAGAUGAUUGGUGAAAUAGGAUCAAAGCAUUUGGAUUUGUUACCUGAAAUUAUACCAGUUUUGAUAUCUCUUUUGAAAGAUGGUACACCUGCAGUUGCCCGACAAGCCAUAACUUGUGCAGUUGACUUAUUUCGUUGUACACUUGAAAAAGUUGCAAUUCAGGGAUUAUAUUCUAGUGAGUUGGAUGUUUCACUUGAAUCGUCAUGGGAAUGGAUGCUGAAAUUCAAGGACAAAAUCUACUCAAUAGCAUUUCAACCCGGGAGUGAUGGUAGAAGGUUGCUGGCACUGAAGUUUGUUGAAUCUGUUAUUCUUCUUUAUACACCUGAUCCUAAUGGUUCUUCAGAUCCACCUUCUAAUCAGCCCUCUGAAGGGAAGUUUGUGGAAUUUAAUAUAUCUUGGCUUCGUGGAGGACAUCCUGUACUCAAUGUUGGAGAUUUAUCAAUUCAAGCUAGUCAAAGUUUGGGUUUGUUGCUUGAUCAGCUUAGGUUUCCCACAGUGAAAUCUAUCAGUAACUCAAUGAUCAUUGUGCUUAUCAACAGUCUUUCAGUAAUAGCAAGGAAAAGACCAUCAUUCUAUGGACGCAUUCUGCCUGUUUUGCUUGGUCUGAAUCCCUCAAGCUCUGUUAUUGAAGGAGUGCAUAUUUCUGGGGCACAUCACGCUUUAAGAAAUGCCUUCCUCUCCUGCUUGAAAUGCACUCACCCGGGUGCCGCACCGUGGAGGGAUCGUUUAGUUGAUGCCUUGAAUGAAAUGAAAGUUGGAGGUUUGGCAGAACAAGCUCUUCGAGAAGUUUGCAAGAUUAAUGGAAGUGUACUGGAGGGAAAAGACGAUUCAUCAAUUGUUAAGGAAGAGAAGCCCUCAGUUAAAUCAUGUGAUGCUGUGCACGUUACCCUGGGAAGGAAAAGAUCUGGAGUGCACGAUAUUGGUGACCUGGUUGAAGAUGAUGAUGUGUCUGGAAAACGUGUCAGAACAGAAUCUACUGUUGCGGAGGAACCAUCUAAAGAGUCAAGUAGGGAUCUUACUUCAGUUCAGAAUGUCAGUCCUAUUGGACUAAAAAGUUCUAGAGGAGAUGAAGAUACAGGACCAGUGCAACAACUUGUUGCAAUGUUUGGUGCCUUGGUCGCUCAAGGGGAAAAAGCUGUUGGAUCUUUAGGGAUCCUUAUUUCAAGUAUCUCCACUGACUUGCUAGCUGAGGUAGUAAUGGCCAAUAUGCGACACAUUCCUCCUGAACGUCCUAAAGAUGAAGGGGAGGAAGAAUCAUUGCUAAAUAUGGGUUCUAAUGCAAGUACAGUUGGGAGUGAUACUCAGGCCAAACGUUUGCCGCCAUUUUUGGCCCGUUUUCCGCAGAUAGUUGCACUAUUAGAUGCUCAACAGUCAGCAUCCAAUGAUAUUGUGAAAUCUCAAGGAGAGGAGGAGCAUCAUGUAGCGACUGUAGCUGAUAGUGAUUUGGCUUGUGGUGACAUGGAUUGUGGAACUGAACAGGGAAUGGAUUCUGCUGGUGUACCAUUUUCUUCCAAUGUUGUUCCAUCUGCAAUAGAGAACUUUUCAGCUACAUCAUACGAGAUCCGUGAUGUGGGGAAUCUAGAGAGUAUACCUGGUCUGGACUCAACUGCUCAUGAUGAUAGAUUUGUAGAGACACUUGCUGCUUCUUCCUUGGCCUCUGCUGAUCUAGAAGAAGGCAGUCAAGAACAAGUUACAAGUUUGGGUAGAAGGUCACAACUAGAUUUACUUCCAUCAAUGUCAACUGAUAGGUCUGAGGAGCUUAGCCCAAAAUCUGCUCUUACAGAUGCCAACAGCAUAAUCUCCUCAACAGAAACUUCAGCUGGGUUGUCUAGUCAAUUUGUCCUGCCUAAGUUGUUAGCACCUGUUAUCGACCUCACUGAUGAACAGAAGGAUCUUAUACAAAAGUUAGCUUAUGCGCGCAUUGUUGAUGCUUAUAAGCAAAUAGCAGUUGCUGGAGGUUCACAUGUCCGGUUUUCUUUACUUGCUUAUUUAGGAGUUCAGUUUCCUUUGGAGUUAGACCCAUGGGAAGAUCUAAAACAGCAUAUUAUGUCAGAUUAUUUGAAUCAUGAGGGACAUGAGUUGACAUUACGUGCCCUCUACAGACUAUAUGGUGAGGCAGAAGAAGAACGUGACUUCUUUUCUUCUACAAAUGCUACUUCUGUAUAUGAUAUGUUUCUUCUCACUGUGGCAGAAACACUUAGAGAUUCUUUUCCAGCUUCAGAUAAAUCACUAAGCAGAUUGCUCGCUGAAGUUCCUUAUUUGCCUAAGUCAGUUUUUAAAUUGUUAGAUUGCUUGUGUUCUCCUGGAAACAGCAGUAAAGAUGAGAAGGAAUUACUAAGUGGAGAUCGAGUUACUCAAGGUCUCAGUGCUGUGUGGAACCUUAUUUUGUUAAGGCCUCCAAUUCGAGAUGCCUGCUUGAAAAUUGCCCUGCAGAGUGCAGUUCAUCACUCGGAGGAAGUGCGUAUGAAGGCCAUACGUCUGGUGGCAAACAAGCUCUAUCCUUUGUCAUCUGUUGCUCAACAAAUAGAGGAUUUUGCGAAUGAAAUGCUGCUCUCUGUUAUUAAUGGGGCUCAUGCUACAGACAGAACUGAGACUGAAGGAUCAAGUACUGAAUUACAGAAGGAUUCCAAUCUGGAAAAAUCUUCAGAUGAACAUUCAUCAGGCAGUGCAAUUGCCAAGGAGAUAGCCUCUGAUACUCAACAAUCAUGCACAUCUCAGACCAUAUCAUCCUCUUCAAUUUCUGAGGCACAACGGUGCAUGUCAUUAUAUUUUGCCCUGUGCACAAAGAAGCAUUCCCUUUUCCGCCAAAUAUUUGUUAUCUACAAGAGCACAUCAAAGGCAGUAAAACAGGCAGUUCAUCGCCAUAUUCCAAUUCUAGUUCGCACUAUAGGCUCGUCACCAGAGCUUCUGGAAAUUAUUUCAGAUCCACCGCCUGGAAGCAAGAACCUUCUAACUCAGGUUUUACGCACACUGACAGAUGGGGCAGUUCCUUCUCCAGAAUUAAUAUUUACCAUUAGAAAGUUAUACGAUUCAAAAGUAAAGGAUAUAGAGAUUUUGAUUCCGAUAUUAUCAUUUCUACCAAAAGAUGAGGUUUUUCUGAUCUUUCCUCACCUUGUAAAUCUUCCACUGGAAAAGUUCCAAGCGAUACUUGUUCAUACACUUCAGGGUUCAUCUCAUUCUGGUCCAGUGCUCACUCCAGCUGAAGUUUUAAUUGCUAUCCAUGGGAUUGAUCCUGAUAGAGAUGGAAUUCCGCUGAAGAAGGUCACAGAUGCAUGCAAUACUUGUUUUGAGCAGCGGCAGAUAUUCACUCAACAGGUUCUUGCAAAGGUCUUGAAUCAAUUGGUUGAGCAGAUUCCUCUUCCCUUAUUAUUCAUGCGUACAGUACUACAAGCUAUAGGUGCUUUUCCUGCCCUGGUGGAAUUCAUAAUGGAGAUCCUCUCCCGUCUUGUAAGCAAGCAGAUAUGGAAAUACCCGAAGUUAUGGGUAGGAUUCUUGAAGUGUGCACUCUUAACAAAGCCUCAGUCUUUCAGUGUGUUGCUGCAGCUACCUCCAGCGCAGCUAGAAAAUGCCCUCAAUAGAACAGCAGCACUUAAGGCACCCUUGGUUGCUCAUGCUAUCCAACCGAAUAUUCGGUCUUCACUUCCAAAGUCUGUAUUGGUAGUACUUGGAAUUACUCCUGAUUCUCAAACUUCAAGUCAGACUCAAACAACUCAGGCUCAAAUAGCUCCACCUCAGACUGGAGAUACAACCAACUUAGAUAAGGAGGUGGUAACAGAAAAAGCUAAAGAAUCAUCUAGUGCCAGCUGAAAUGACAAGUUAAAAAGAAUGAAUCUGCACUGUAGGUGGGACAUUUCUGGCCCCACCCCUCCAAUGUAAAUGGGUUACUGAGCUCCAAAAGCAAUGGCUUAUCUGUGGCAAACUUCAACUUCGAUGACCUGUUGGGAUGGAAGAACCAAAGAAGGGAUGGAAUCUACUCGUUUUAUUGCGGUCUCCAUCUGGUGAUAAAAUAAUCUGAUUGCCAUGUAGUUGAAAACUGCCAACCCUUUCUUCACCAAAAAAUAUUUACUGCAUAGGAAAAGUUAGGACUAUGUAACACUAUGAAAAAAUGUAAAUUGUGAUUGCCUCAAGGGUUUUUGGGUUUUUCAUUUUUGCCUUUUUUUUUCUGGAGAAAUCACAUGAUGUGAAAAGAAAUGCUAAUAUAGUGUAUUUUUGGAUGGGCCAUUGAUGGUCUUGGAAAGAACAGUUAUGGAAUAAAUGAGAAAUUGUAAGGGAGGUGGAACUUUCGGUGCA